AUGUCAGUGGCAGCAUCGAACGAGGGCCAGGCGUUUCUGGAUGGUGCCUGUUCAGAUGAGUUUUCGGCGGCUGUGGAGGCCUUCCCUCAUGAAGAUGUCUUCCUGUUUGCGGCGCUCAUGGCCCACGAGCUCGGGCACAACCUGGGUAUCCAGCACGACCACCCGAGCUGCAGCUGUGGUCCUAAGCACUUGUGCCUCAUGCAUGAGAAGAUCAGUAAGGACAGUGGCUUCAGCAACUGCAGCUCUGACCACUUCCUCCAUUUCCUCCACGAGCACAGAGGGGCCUGCCUGCUUGACCAGCCUUGGCACCAGAGCCGCAAGCGCAGAGAUGCCCGCUGUGGAAAUGGCGUGGUGGAGGAUCCGGAGGCGUGUGACUGCGGUAUUGCCUGUGACAAAAGCACGUGUUGUGAUGAAAAUUGUAAACUAAAGGAGGGUGCAGAGUGCAGUGAUGAACUUUGCUGUUUGCGAUGCAAAUUUAAAAAGAAAGGAGAUGUUUGCCGUCCUGCUGACGGACCAUGUGACCUGGAAGAGUACUGCAAUGGGACCUCUGCAACUUGUCCCGGGGACAGGAGAGUUCAAGAUUGGUCUGUAUGCCAUGAAUCAUUCUUUUGCUUCGAGGGUCAGUGCAUGGACCCUAGCAUUCAGUGCUCACGUAUUUUUGGACAUGGUGCAAGGUCUGCCCCAGAUUAUUGCUACACCUACAUGAACUCAAGAGGGGACCGGUUUGGAAACUGUGGCUUCUCCUCUAAUGUUCCAAGAAAGUAUACUAAGUGUUCAGGUCAAAAUACACUGUGUGGGAAACUUAUAUGUACAGAAGUAGUCUUCCUGCCGCAAAUCAAAGACAAACACGUGCUGAUCCAGAUCCCUCAAACCGAGGACUGGUGCUGGAGUACAGAUGUUAUUGGGGAGACAGAUGGUAUUGAUGUGGGGCAGGUGAGGAACAACACUUACUGUGGCAAAGAUAAAGUUUGUGAGAAUUCCAUUUGUAAAGACUUCACCACAGUCCAACAACUCUGUAAUCCAGGGAAACAAUGCAAUGAGCACGGGGUGUGCAAUGAUCUGGGGAACUGCCACUGUUCAUUUGGCUUUGCACCUCCUGACUGCAAAGAAGAAGGCACUGGAGGCAGUGUGGACAGCGGCCCCACUGUUGUUCUGACGGAUGAGGAUGUGCAGAACUCUACCCAGUCCAGUAGAGCUGAGCUGAUACUCAACUUAAAGUUGAUCGUUCUGGCUGUCAUCCUGGUGUUUGUGAUUCUCUUGAUCAUCAUAUGCAUCGUGACUGCCUACAGCAAGUCAGAACCUGUUUCUGAAGCAGAGCCUUCAGAGUUAAAGGAGGUUCCAGAAGGGGAGGAGGAAGAAGAGAUGGUCCUAUCAGAAGAGGCUGAGAAAGAAGGAGAGGAGUGGGAGUUGGAGGAGAAAGGGGAAGAGGCAGAAGAGGAAGAAGCACUAGAAGAAGAGGCAGAAGCAGAAGAGGAAAGGAAAGAUGAAGAAGAAGAAGAAGAGGGAGAGGAAUAA